AUGGAAAAGGGACAGAAAACUGGAGGAAAACCGAAACAUGUUAUGAAAAGAUUGACGAAAAAGGUAUUUUGCAGAUAAAACUCUUGAACUUUUAUUUUGAAAAUAUUUUUCCAGAUCCCUGCAGCAACUGUAAAAACAACAAAUCAAAAGAAAACAUCUGAUCCGAGUCCAAAAAUUGGAAUUGUUGUUCCGGAUGUUCGAAAAAUGGCUGAUAUUGAGAAAAAAUUGGGGACUCUUCAAAUUCAUAAAGAUAAACUGAAACAGCAGACUGAAAAAUUAUCAGGAGAAGUGAAUAAAGUGAAAUGUGAUUUGAAUAUGAGUCAACAAGAAAGAGGAAGAAUGCAACAAUUCUGGCAAAUUGCUGAAAUGAAUUUGGAAACUGAAAAGGAAAAAGGAAGAGAUGUUGAAAAAACAAUGUUUUGUUUGAAAACUCAACAAGCAAAUCAUGUUCAAAAAUUACAACAAAAAAUUCGAAGUCUUGUAUUAUCAGCAAAAACAAAUCGACAUGCUUCAACACAAUCUGAUCCGAUUGCACCAAAUGGAUUUGUAAUAUCUGCUGAAUGUCAAACUAUGGAAGAAAUAUCAAAAGAAAAAGCAGCUAAUAUUUUGAGACAAUCUGAUGAUUUAUUGACUGCUUUUAUUUCGGAAUUAGAAAAAGAGAAAUUAAAUGCGCAAAGUGAUUUGAAAUAUGCUGUAGUUCAAUUGGAACAAAGAAUGAAAGAAGAAAUGGAAACACAGGUACUGUACAGAAGUUACUGUAGUUCAAACUUUGUUUUCACAGAAUUUUUUAAAAAUUUAAUUUAUGAGCGGGUUUUCCUAAUUUUCCCAAAAAUUCUUUGAAAUAUUUUUUCGGAAACAUUUUUUAUCAAUUAUUUUAAUUCUAAAAUUUCAUAUCUAUUUUCCAGAUGCGAACAAUGCGCGAAGAACGAGAAAUCGAAAUCGAAGAGAUUGGUUUGAAACAUAUUGAACAAAUUCGAUCAAUCGAAUCCGCGCACGAUGAAGAAACUUCGCAUCUUCAGGGAAAAAUUGAAUUUCUUCAAAAAGAAGUCGAAAAUUUACGAGAUCUUCGUGAUGGAAUAUCAACAAAUCUAGCAGAUUGUAGAGAAAAAAUACAAGAACAAGCUGUGCAAUUGGGACAAUCACAAGGAAAAAUUGAUGAAAUGAGUAAAGAAUUGACAAGAUUACAGGAUUACAAGAAAGCUUUUCAAGUGAGUUUCUUUAACUUUUCAACAACAAAAAACUUAUACGAUUUUAGCGUGAUAUGAGAAACUUGGAUUCGAUGAGAGCUGAAGUUGAAAAAUACAAAGAAUUGAAUGAAAUAAUAAUGGGAGAAUUUUUCAAAAAUCGAAAAAGAAAGAGAUCAACUAUUAGAAGAAGUUGA